GAGAAUGUGCAAAAAGCAACAAUUGUUAAUAACCCCGAGAAACAUGUUCUUUUAGUUUCCAUUGAAUUCGAAAUUUUAUAUUGUGUAAAUUAGAAAGCACUUAAUAACAAAUAAGAGACGACAGGAAGGGGAAUACGCGAAAAAUAAAUACUUGAAUACAUCGAUUUUUUUAUCAGAUUAUUCGUCGUGGAACAGCACACGGCACUUACAAGAUCGAGAAUUUGCCACCAAGAUCUUAAUUUGGAAUAAAUUAAACUAGCGUAUCGGAGAGACCUAUAUCGUCGUUGCCUUCUUUCUACCUACAAAAUGAAUUCAAUUUUGAUAACCGGAUGUAAUCGUGGUCUGGGUUUGGGUUUGGUUAAAGCUUUGGUGAAAUUGCCCAAACCCCCGCAACAUUUGUUCGCCACAUGCCGCAACAAGGACCAAGCCAAGGAACUUCAAGACUUAGCAGCGGAACAUCCUUGCAUUCAUAUAAUAGAGAUUGAUUUGAACAAUUUCGAGGCUUAUGAUGACUUAGUUAAGCAAAUUGACGACACCACGCAAGGUUGCGGCCUUAAUGUCCUCUUCAAUAAUGCUGCAAUUGCUUAUAAUGAACCAAAUCUUGAUGCAGUUAAGGCCGAUCAAAUGAUGAAUACUUUUAAAACCAAUUCGGUUGUACCUGUUAUGUUGACCAUAGCGUGUUUGCCUCUAAUUAAAAAAGCGUCCGAAGCUAACAACUCCCUUGAGAUGGGUCUGGAACGAGCAGCAAUUAUUAAUAUGAGUAGCAGUUUGGGUUCUAUAAGCACUAAUACGACCGGUGGUUUCUUUACUUAUCGCUGUUCUAAAGCUGCCUUGAAUGCUGCUACCAAGUCGUUCAGUAUUGAAUUAUUACCAGAUAAAAUUCUUUGUGUUGCUUUACAUCCCGGUUGGGUCCGUACUGAGAUGGGAGGACCAAAUGCUCCCAUGGAAAUAAAUUGCACAACAGAGGAAAUAGUAAACACUGUUAUGAAGUUUAAUAAAAGCCAUCAUGGUGGAUUUUAUCAGCAUGAUGGCGUUAAUCUACCAUGGUAGACACAUUGUAUUCUUGAUUUGAUAAAAAACAGCUUUUACCUCAUUGUUGUAUUGCAUUUUAAUGUUUUAAAUUUUAUAUUAUAAAAAAAAAGUCUAUAAUAUUAUCUAAAAAAGUUGUCUUUUCAGUCAGGUUUAAGCUUUUAAAACGAUACCUAGUGUGCAAAGUAAAAUAUUGCCCAAUAAAUGAAAGGGGAACCACAUGA